AUAUGUCUAGCCAAGGCUGUAUGUAGUGGUAACCUAGACCAUGUUAUCAGUCAGGAUCUGGUACCAGGAGAAGGCAAGGCGCUAGAAUCAGGAGAUGCUGCAGAAGUCAGAUAUUCAGGAUGGUUAUUCCAAAAUGGAACAUUUGGUCAGAUGUUUGACAGUAAUGUGAACUCUGAUAAAUUAUUCAGAUUAAAGUUGGGAAAAGGAAAAGUGAUCAAGGUAAGUUUCAAUUCAAGAGCUAGCACUACCCCACCUUCUAGUCAACAAUCAGCUGAUGUAUUCGGUCCUGUAUUACUAACAGAAACUAGACAACAGAAUACAGAAGUUAGAAUGGCUAUCAGUAAAAUAGGAGACAAGGUGGAUAAGGUCUAUGAAAAGCUAAAUGAUCUACAUUCAAUAGGAGGUUCCUCUACAUCAUUAGGUAUUACAGCUCCUAAUAUGGAAGUUACUAUACUGAUACAAAAUGUUACUAGAAUCGCUCAG